AUGGAAGAGUAUUAUAUUCUCGGCGAAGACCUCCCGCUGCCCCCCGCGCGGCUUUUCGAGCGUCUGGCUCUUAUUCCAGGAUACAUCUGGGACCAGUCAUUUGAUCCUUUUCAUUCAACGUAUGAUCAUUGGCAUGUCGUGGGCAUCCGGCAUUCCUCUGACCAUGGUGCCGCUACUCCCGCCGGUACCUCUUCCGGUACUGUCAGUACAACACGCGAAUCGCCUCGAGCCGAAGCAAGACCACCAUUUCGACAUCAUUGGCGGAGUAGCCUUAGCGAAUCCAGCAGCGAGAUAUCUAGCUCACGAGUUGAACAAGAUCCGUUUUUCCUCCCCAUUGUAGCCCGGAUCUCCUCUCAUGUCGUUCGCUUGGAAAGGGAGUAUCACAUGAUGCGUUCUAUAAUCCAGAUUUCUGAUCCCGAAUGUAUCCAUACGGUUCGCCCGAUUGAUAUUGUGAAACUAGCUCCAGAGCCCGGAGAUCCGGGCCCUAUCUUGGUCGCGAUAUACGAGUCACCCGGUUACAAUUCCCUAAGAGACAUCGUUGCCUUUGGACCUGCUGCAUUCGCUUUCAGCCCCCACAGUGAGAGUAGUACUGGUACAACACCUGGAGAGCAGGUAUCCCUGCCUAUGUUUCUGGAUUUUGCUAUUGGUGCCUGUGAUUGCUUAGAGCUAUUACACUACGGCUUGAAGGCAGUUCACGGCGAGAUUCGUCCAGACGCUUUCCAUUUCAAUCGUACUAAUGGAAUAGUGAAACUGGCCAACACUGGAAACGGUGCUAGAGCCUUUGAUAACGCGCUGAGCGAAGGCUGGUCGGCGUUGUCUCGUGAACUUGGUGCCAAGACGAAACUACAAUUUAUUGCGCCCGAACAAACCGGACGAAUGCCGACAGAGCCUGAUAGCCGAACUGACAUCUAUACAUUGGGUGUAUUAUUCUGGAUAAUACUUGUCGGCAAACCUGCAUUUACUGGUGCCACUCCCAUGGAAGUAGUUCAGAAUGUGCUAGGCAAGAGAUUACCUCCCGUCUCUUCAAAACGCAUGGAUAUUCCGGAUGCUGUUUGCGCUGUUAUCACCAAGAUGACCCAUAAAGCACUUCAUGAACGUUACAACACUAUCACCUCUGUGAAGAAGGAUCUCGAAAAAAUCGCAAAGCUACUUGGUGACGGAGAUGUAAAUGCGCUUAAAUCGUUCCAAAUUGCUCAAAAUGAUGUAUCUUCUUUUUUCACUCUUCCUUCUCAGAUGUUUGGCAGGGAUGAAGAGUACCAGAAGGUGAUCAGUGUCGCAGAAAAAGUGCAUCGGCGUCAACGAGCUUUAUAUGCCAAAUUAGCUUCACAGAGCAAUGUGAAUGCAUUUUUUGGCUCAACCUCAUCUGUAUCUGAUAGCCGGCUCGAGAGUGGUGAUAUUUGCGAAGAAUCGAGCGAUUCUGGUUCAUUGAACUAUAUUGCUUCACGACACAACUCCAAUGCUGCCCUCCCCGGACUUAGUUACCCGCCUACACGCGACUCGCUUUAUAGCAAUGAAUCGUCUCUUUCGACCCAGAGAGGGAUUACCUCAAUGAAUAGGACGCGAGUCUCUGCUGAUCUCAGGAGCACCGGCGAUAGCGGGGAUCGAGAAUCUUCUCAUGUCUCUCUGCAUACUACCCAGAGUCCCAUGGAUACACUAAAUCCUUUGGGCCGACACAGACCAGCCAACAAAGCCCGUCGUCAUGGACAAUGCGAAAUAAUCACUAUUUCUGGAGAUCCUGGCAUUGGCAAAUCGGAUCUUAUCCAGCGCGUGCAACCGGUCAUUCGAAAGCUGGGGUAUAUUGGCGCGGCACAAUUAGACCGUUCUCGAAGAAUUCCGUUCGAACCCUUUGCCAAAAUUUUAGCCAGUAUUUUGCGACAGAUCUUCUCUGAGCGGGACAUCACCACCGAGUAUCAUCAAAAUAUACGGUCCUUUCUCCGCCCAUACUGGCCGACCCUCUGUCAGGCAUUGAAUCUACCUGAGCAGUUAAUUAACGAAAACGAGAGGCCAGUCUCUCCGAAAGUGGGCGGGACUCAACCCCUCCUGAAAGAAGGUUCAAGGACUGAAACCACAAAACGGCCUAGCUUCCUUCAUGGCUCAACUUCUGCGGACAUGUUUCGUUCUGGCACAACGAACAAGAACAUGCGGUUAAUGGAGAUUUAUACAGAAAUACUUCGGCAUCUGUGCAGUCAAAAACUUAUCUGUGUCUGCUUGGACGAUCUUCAAUACGCAGAUGACGAGACAGUUGAAUUGGUCAUGAAUAUCUGGAAGACUAGAGUUCCCUGCUUGCUUAUCCUGGCGGCUCGUAAACAUGAAAUUAGCUCACGAGAGCUUUUGUCUCUAUUUGACGCCGAAAGCCCGAGCAUCACUAAAAUCGAAUUGCAACCUCUGUCCGAAAGCGAUAUCGCAAGAUAUGUUGCAGUUGCGAUGCAAUUGCCUCCUGAGCCCACCCUUACGCCUCUUUCGGUCACAGUUGUCGAAAAGAGUCAAGGAAAUCCGUUUUUCAUUCGAAUGAUGCUGGAGACAUGCUAUAACAAGAAUUGUAUUUGGUACUCCUGGAGACACAGCAAGUGGGAAUUUGAUAUUGACCGCAUAUUCACGGAAUUUGUGUCACCCGAAUACGGCGACAGUUUAGGAACGGACUUUCUUACCAAGCGGUUUCGGGAGUAUCCACCUGCUAUUCUGGCUAUUUUAAUCUGGGCAUCAUUCCUUGGGAGUCCGUUCUCGUUUUCGCUCAUACAGAAGCUUAUAGAGGGGGAGUUCUGGUAUGUUGGUGAUGGUGCAGAAGCUGGAGAUAAUGCUACACAAUGUCCAAGAUUUUUGUUGCCACAUUCAGAAGCUGAAAUUGUCUCUGGGCUUCAGUGGCUCGUACAAUCGUAUAUUCUUUUGCCGGGAGAAACUGAUGAUGAAUUCCGAUUUGCACAUGAACGGUUUUCUCAAGCUGUGUCAACACUAAGCGAGUGCCAUGAUGUCGAAAAGAUGCAUUUUGUCAUCGCUAAGACCAUGAUGAAGUAUUGCACAGGUGAUUGCGAUAUGUAUUCGAAGUCGCUUCACAUCUGUCGGUCUGUGGACCUGAUUCGGAAACGAGUCAAGCAGCGAUCUCGCUACAGGAAAGCUCUUCGCAAUGCGGCGCGAACUGCACUGACAUCAGGCGCUCGUCCCACAGCACUUUAUUACUCGCGCCAUGCCAUAAAGCUGUUACAACAGAACUGCUGGAACGAAAAAUCCCCAGAUGUAGACUAUGAGGAAACGUUGCAGCUUCAUACUUCGACCGCUGAACUGCUUUGGUACCAAGGAGACAACGGCGAAUCACUCAGAGUUCUAUCGCAGAUCUUCCAACAUGCCAAGACCCCAGCUGACAAGGCCAAGGCUUGGAUCCUCAAAAGCAAGAUUUCAACUGUCUCGGGGGACUUCAAUGGAGCCAUGGACUCUCUGCUUUCAUCUCUAGAAGAGCUUGAUGUUCACCUUCGGCAACCCACUACUUAUGAGCAAUGUGAUGCUGCUUUCAUGGAGUUGAAAGAGUAUUUGAAAUCUCAGGAUCUCGAGAGUAUAAUCCAGCAGCCAUUGAGUAAUGACCCGAAAAUUGUUGCCAUAGGAAACGUUUUUUCCGAGGCUAUGGCUGUAGCCUUUUGGGGUGACGAUAUUACGUACAUGUUCAUGGGUGUCGAGAUGAUGCGGCUCCAUUUGUUUUCCGGUCGUUUUUCGCAAAUAGGAUUGGCUUGUUGCCAUUUGGCCAUGGUGGCAUACAGUCGCCACAAUGAUCUAGAAUUCGCGACCAGCAUGAGUGAUCUAUCAUUGUUGCUCUUCGAAACCUAUUCUGAUCCUUGGUCGCGAGGCACCGGGUUCACACUCCAAUCAUUUGUGAUUGAACAUAUGAGGGCACCUCUCCGCACAAUCUUGCCAUAUAUCGAACAGUCGAUGGAUUACGCAUUCGAUUCGAAUGAUCCACACAUGAUGCUCAUAAGUUAUGGGUUAAUGGCUGCAACUCGCUUUUAUUUGGGUCAGGAUAUGUCCGAAAUAGAAACCUUCUGCACAGACACUCCGGAUGAACUUAAAGAUUGGAUUCUUGACGUUCGGGGAGGACCUGUCGUUUUAGCGGUUAAGCAAGUCUCACGAGCAUUGCAAGGCAAAACAUCCUGGCGGUUGCCUGACCUGGUAAUGGAUGACGACAAACACAAUUCUUCUGAGUACAUGGAUCACAUUCACGAAUUCGCCAUGCGUACAGAUCGGCCUCAGAAUAUGUAUUGGGGCAUUGGUAUGGUUGCUCUCUUUGUCUUUGGCCAUCAUGAUAAAGCCAUUGAAGUCGGUAUUGGCAUGAUGAAUGGCGGUAUCGAACGACUUUGGUGCCAAAGGGUCGCCCAUCUAGCUCAUUUCAUUCUUGCUCUGGCGGUUCUUACGCGACACCUGGAUAAUCCGAAAAAUAGCAAUUUGGAAGCACACAUGGACGUUGUGAUGAGAUGUAAGCACGUAAUCGAUUUCGCUAGAAGUGCCUGUGAUGUCAACUACGCAAUGUGGUCCUUGCUCAUCGAAGCACUGCUUUAUGAGUCCAAAGAGAAUUUCAGCUCUGCUGUGAACUGUAUUGAGGCUGCGAUCGACCACUGUGAAGUUCACGGCUUUCCCCUUGAAGAGGCAAUGGCUCUUGAAAUUCACGGAGAUUUCCUCGUUCGACGGGGUGCGAAACGACCUGCACGAGCCAUGAUCAGAGAAGCCAUUGCAGCUUGGACGGGUCUCUGCGCAAUUGGAAAGGCAACUCAUUUAUCAGAAAAGCAUGAGUGGCUUUUGAAAACAGCUCUCGGACCCAGAUUGAACGACGCCGGCACUCAAACAGUUGACUCCCUUGCCAACAUCGGUCCGAAGUCAGUUGUAGAGCCCUCUGCCAUCCAGAAUCAGUUGGAAGAUGACAGGAAGAAAAUUUGGUUAGAAAAUACCGGGGCCCAUAUCGACGACGGGCCUGUGGAUAUACCCAGCGCUGGGCUAGAUAUUAUCGAUUUAUCGACUAUUCUCGAAUUUAGUCAAGUUAUGUCUUCAGAGCUGCAGAUUGAGAAGCUUCUGACAAAGAUGAUUGAUAUUAUCCUUGAAUCCUGCAAUGGAUCCGAUACUGCUGUCAUUGCCACCGAAUUUGAAGAUAGCGGGUUUGCUAUUGCAGCAAGAGGAAGUUUGGACGAUGGUCAAAAGGCUUUCGUUGAUGGACUUCCAUUUUCGGAGAUGGAGGACAAAAUAGCACAGCAAAUAACCCAUUAUACUUUACGGACCAAACAAGAAGUGCUUGUUCACAAUGUUCUUGAAGAUGAAAGGUUCUCUAUUAUCAAUGAGGGUUAUCACGCACGAUACCCCCUGGGUCGAUCUAUUAUCACACUCCCAAUUGUGCAAGCUGAUUCUUUACUCGGUGUGGUUCACAUCGAAGGAAAACCGAAUUCGUUCACGCAAAGAAACGUCGUGGUUCUUCGCCUUCUUUGCAAUCAAGUCGGUAUUUCACUAUCUAACGCGCUCCUGUUUCGAAGGGUUCGCAAAGUCAGUGCCACCAACGCAGCAAUGGUCGAAUCACAGAAGCGCGCUCUGGCUCAGGCACGCGAGGCAGAGCAAAAAGCGAAGAUUGCAGAAGCCGAGGCAAACCAUAACGUCAAAUUAAAAGAAGAUGCGGCAAAGGCAAAAUCCGUUUUCCUAGCAAACGUCUCUCACGACCUUCGGACUCCCAUGAAUGGAGUUAUUGGUCUAUCCGAGCUGCUAAAGGGAACAAAUCUUGAUAAAGAGCAGGAUGGCUACGUUGAGUCGAUCCGAGUCUGUGCAGACACUUUGCUGACGCUUAUAAAUGAUAUUCUGGAUUUCUCGAAACUUGAGGCAGGCAAAAUGAAGAUUUCCACGGUGCCUCUGAAUCUCAAAGAAACAAUCAGUGAGGUGGUCCGGGCUCUACGUUACACCCAUCGUGAUCGUGGUCUGGCAACUAUUGAGGACUUGGACAAGGUUCCAGAGGAUCUAGUUGUUAUGGGUGAUCCCGUCCGUCUCCAUCAGAUAUUCAUGAAUCUUCUCAGCAACAGCUACAAAUUUACACCUAAAGGCUACGUCAAAGUAGCAGCUACGGUUUCUCGAGAAGGUAAGAACCGGGUACGUCUGGAGUGUUCUGUCUCGGAUACGGGCAUAGGCAUUUCCGAAGAGCACAAAUCGAGACUUUUCAGGCCGUUCUCCCAAGCAGAUAAUUCAACCGCUCGAUCAUAUGGUGGCAGUGGCUUGGGAUUGAGUAUCUGCAAAGCAAUUAUUGAGGACGUACUGGGCGGCUUGAUUUGGCUUAAUUCUAAGGCAGGUGUGGGUACAACAGUAACAUUUCAGCUUGUUUUCCAAAAAGCUCCCAAGGAAACUGCUGCCACAGCACCAUGGUUGCAGAGUUUCAACCAGACUGACAAGCACGACAUUGCGCGGAUUACACCAGCAGUUGCCCGGGAUCUAACGCUGAUACCUCGCGAUCAAAUCAGAGUUUGCAUUGCGGAGGAUAAUCCAAUCAACCAGAAAAUUGCGGUUAAAUUUGUUCGAGGGCUUGGUUUAGAAUGUGAGGCUUUCAGUGACGGUCAACAAGCUGUUGAAGCUCUCACCCAACGGUCAAAGGAAGGCCGGCCUUUCCACCUUGUUCUUAUGGAUGUACAGAUGCCAGUUUUGGAUGGCUAUGAUGCCACGCGUGAGAUCAGGAAAAACGCGGACUCUAAUGUCAACCAAGCGCUCGUAAUUGCCAUGACUGCCAGUGCGAUUGAAGGAGAUCGCGAAAAAUGCAUAGAAGCGGGCAUGAAUAAUUACCUUGCAAAACCAGUGCGAUCGUCUGUUCUCAAGGAGAUGCUGGAUCAGUAUUUAGCUCCUGCCAAACCAUCCAGACUUCGAAUGCGCGCUAUCGCACGACAGAGCAGUGACGGCGUGCGUUCUGACGAUGUUGGAACACCGGGAAGCUUGACGUCGUCUUCUUCAGCUAGUCAAUUUAUCGCGCUCACGCCUGACAUUGAGAAAUCGCAGCCUCGGAUGUCAGGAGUGUCACUAGAAGCGAAGCCCACAGAACAACAACUACCAGAGCGUCUGAGUACGCGUUCACCCGAGAAGUCGCCAUCAAUAGAAAAUUUACAUGAAAACUCCACAUGA